AUGGAAACCCGUAAUGAAAACACAUUGAACACCGAGGAUGCGGACUCGGGGAGCUCUCGGUCGCCCCGUGCAGAACGGCCCGACAUCGGCGAACAAUACCAACAACAGACGACGUCCGUGAACGUAAACAGACGCAAGAUAAAACGACAAAACAGACCAAAGAGAGUCUCUCAAUCGCAAAUAAAACGUGCUCGGUCGGAUAAAAUAAUGACGGCCCGGAAUGUCGGGUUUAGUAACUCCGAAGCGUUGUACGCGAUUACAUCUCCUACUCCGUUCAUGGACACCGAAACCAUAGAACUAUUGGUGACUGUAACUAAAAACAAACUAAUGAAUGUCAUACGCAGAAAAGGCCCCNAUAUUUUUGUGAUUUCAGGAAAUGCAAACGGUAGCUUUAAAACAAUAUUAAAUAUUAAUUUUAAUUUUAAUUGGGACAUGUCUUCUAGUUCAAAUGUUGCCUUAAUUAAAGAAAAUUCUGAUGGCAGGCUUAAGAGGACGUUUUACCCACAUCUACUGUCUCAGUCCAACUACCGGUUGAUAUGCAAAUGCAAUGCAUAUGCACAAUAA